AUGGAGGACUAUAUAAAGGAACAAGAAAACGUGUACGCGUUGUUGGUGAAAGCUAUUUCUAAUUACAAGAAAUCACCGAAACAAAGAUUAACUAGUGGUUAUGAAUUUACGAAACUUGCAGUAGAUAAGAGAGUGGAAUAUGUGCAAGGCUGGCGGCUUUGUUUUAAUUGCCUAGUACCGGGGCAUUCAGUUAAGUUCUGCAAACAUCGAUCUUCUUGCCGCCAAUGUGGGAGAAAACACCACUCUCUGCUGCAUAGCACGUGGAGCCCGCAGUCUCAGACCUCUGCGCCGGUUCCGGAGUCAUCAACGCCGCUUUUAGAGAAUAAAGAAGAUAUCAAGGAAGAAAAAGAAGAUAAAAAUAAAAAGAUAAUUAUAUCUCACCUCACUACGGGGAAUCACGCGCGGCUGAUGCCAACUGCAUUAGUGCAAGUAUACGCUGAGAACGGAGAAAAACACUUGAUGAGAGCGCUGUUGGAUCCAUGCUCACAAGAGUCUUUUAUAACUGAGGCCGCGGCACAAAGGCUUCGUUUACGACGUACCUCAGUCAGUGGGCAUGUAACAGGGGUUGAGAAGAUGAAGACUACACUUAAGUAUGUAACUGAAAUAGAGUUCUCAUCAAGAAUCGAGCUGAAAAUGAAAAUGAAAGCAACUACAUACGUUGUUCAUCACAUCACCGACAUUAUGCCGGAGAAUGAAGUGAAGAUGGAAAACUGGAAACAUGUCGAGAAGUUGUGCCUCGCAGAUCCAACAUGUCACACUCCAGGUCACAUCGACUUGCUUUUAGGAGUCGAAAUUUGGAGCGAAGUUAUUAAACCUGGAGUGAUCAAUGGCCCCUCAGGAACACCUAUAGCACAAGACAGUCACCUGGGGUGGAUAAUUUGCGGGAAUGUGAGGACAGAGCACACUGCCACAAAAAACAUCGUCAGCAUGCAUCUUAAUGUUGAUCUUAAUAACAUGCUGAAGAAGUUCUGGGAGUUAGAAACCAUAGAAGAAGAAAGCCAUACACUAACCUCAGACGAAAAGAAGGCAGAAGACAUUUAUGAGAAGACGCACAAAAGAAGAGAAGAUGGUCGUUACGUGGUCAGGCUGCCAUUUAGAGAAGAUACACCUGUUUUACCACGUGACUCACGAGAGAUAGCAGUGAAGAGAUGGAUGUCGCUAGAAAGAAGAUUAGAUAAGAAUCCAAAAUUGAAAGAUGAUUACAACGACGUCUUAAAAGAGUACCUAGAACUACAACACAUGAAGAAAGUAGAUGAUAAAGAAAUAACCGAGAAUUGCGUGUAUCUACCUCACCACGCUAUUAUACGGGAAGACAAAGAAACUACAAGAGUGAGAAUUGUAUUUCAUGCUUCAUGUGCUGGAACUAAUGGGGCUACCUUAAACGAUGCAUUACUCAUAGGCCCUACUCUUCAACAAGAUUUACGCGAUAUACUGCUGAGAUGGAGAACACACAAAAUCGCAUAUGUCGCAGACAUCAUUAAAAUGUAUCGGCAGAUUGAAGUUGAUGAGGCAGAUACAAAUUAUCAAAGCAUCGUUUGGAGAACCGAUACUAAAAAACCGAUAGAAGAUUACAAAUUACUUACCGUUACCUUCGGGACCUCUUGCGCUCCCUACUUGGCCAUCAAAACCUUACGUCAAGUUGCGAUAGAUGAGGGUCAAGAGUAUCCUGAAGCACAGCGUAUCAUAUUGGAAGAUUUCUACAUGGACGACGUUCUGUCGGGGCAUGAAACAGAAGAGCAAGCUAAAAGAAAUCAGAAAGAAAUUACAGCAAUUAUCAAAAAGGGUGGGUUUGAACUUCAAAAGUGGAGUUCAAAUAGUGAAGCAUUCAUGCAAGAGAUUGAACCUGUAAAACGAUCUCCAAAGGCCCAAAGAGAAGUAGAUGGAAGAGACAGUAUUAAGACUUUGGGUAUAAUUUGGAACACUAAAGAAGACAAAUUGCAAAUUACGAAUAAUUUGAAAGACUUACCUGAACAACCAGUCACGAAGCGGAAUGUUUUAGCAGAUAUAGCAUCAUUAUUUGAUCCGAUGGGUUGGCUGGCGCCUGCAGUAGUCAUCGCUAAAACAUUCAUGCAGAAAUUAUGGCAAUUAGGUGUUGGUUGGGAUGAAGAACUCGCAGCUGAAGUGAAGGAAGAGUGGAUGAAGUUUAGAAAUGAGAUUCCUGCACUGACAGAAGUAAAGAUAAAUCGCUGGGUACAUACAAAUGCAGACAGAAGUUCGAUUGAGGUUCAUGGAUUUUCUGAUGCCUCGAUGAGCGCUUACGCAGCAGUAAUAUACAUCCGAGCCAUCGACACAGACGAGCAAGUACAAGUAUCUCUACUCACGGCUAAAACGAAAACAGCCCCUUUGAAGCAAAUAUCCAUGCCAAGAUUAGAGAUACCCAGCCUCACGAGGAGUUAUGCCAAAAAAGCUCUUGGAAAAUACACUCUGGUGAGAUGGACCGGCGUUUCUCAAAGAGCCAGCCCUUGA